GAGCCAGCGCGUCCGACAGCGGCCGAGACGCCGGUGGCUGCAGCAGACGACCUCGACCCCGACCUCAUGUCUGAGAUCGAUUGGGACCCGGAGGGGGAUGACUAUCACACCCCGUUAAGGCGGCAGCUUUCUCCUAUGAUGGAGGAGACCGAGGGCGAGGCUAUCGAACGAGAAGCCAAACGCCAGCGGGCCAUCGAACCGGGGGAACGUGCAAACUUUGCCAGUGAAGGGUGCGAUGCCUACAUGGCGGCAACCAGCCCCAGCUACCUGAGCCACAAGGCCCUCGACCGCUACUACAAGCACGAAGCAGCCUACCUCACCAGCGGCGUCAACGUGAGUGAGUUCAUGUUCGGUGUCCGGAGGAACGUUUUCCAGGACAAGUACGAGGCCCUUGCGAGCACCGACGGCGGCAACACCAAUGGCGGUGUAAAGAAGAAAGGCCGGAAAGAGCUGAAGUUGAGUGAGAUUUCAGAUGAGCACCGGCAGCUCUUCGUGGGCAGGGAGAAGCCCGAACUUAUCGUGCCAACGCGGUGGGUGCGAACCAACAAGAACGACGGCCUCGUCGACAAGGGCUUCUUGGCAAAGAGCAGGCUGGUGGUCCAAGGCUUCAAGGACAAGUCUCUCGGGUACUACCGGAGGGACGCGCCAACAGCCUCAGCCGUGGCAGAGAGCAUAUGCCUGGCGGUUUGCGCUUACUACAAGUUUAUCCUGAUCGCCAAGGACAUCAAGAAUGCCUACUUUUCGGGCAAAAGUGUUGGGCGAGAGAUUUACUUGGAGCCUCCCAAGGGAGGCUUGCCUGGAUUGGAGCCAGGGAGGCUACUCAAAGCCAAGAAGGCCAUUUAUGGCUUUGCUGAGGCAGCGAGGCUUUUCUGGCUAGCGCUCAAAGAGCACUUAGAGAGCGACGGCUGGAAAGAGAGCAGACUUGAACCAGCCCUUUUCUACCUGAGGCUGGAAGGAAAGUUGCGUGGGAUACUGGUUACCCACGUGGACGAUAUUGAAGGCGGGGUCCACCACAGCAUCAUGGACCAAGCCUUUGCCAAGUCCUCCCAGGCCCUGGAGUUCGCCACGAACCACGUGAGGGAUUUUAUUUUCAGGGGCCGGGAGAUAAGGCAGCACGAGAAUGGGCACAUCGAUGUGGCCAUGCGGAACUACGCCCUGAGCAUGCGGACGGUCAAGAUCGACCAAGCACGGCGGAAGCAGCUGAAGGAGGAGCUCACCGAGGAGGAGCAGAACACGUUCCAAAGCAGCGCGGGUGAGCUAGGUUGGUUGGCACGCCAGCUCAGGUGCGACUUGGCCUACGAGAACGGAGUGGCCCAAAGAAGCAAGACCGGGACCUGCGUUGCGGACCUCGUGUUGCUGAAGCAGUUUGUGGGUUUGGCCCGACGAGGGGCCGACUUCAAGCAGCGCUUCUGGUCCGAUGUGGACCUGGAGACGGGAGUCAUACUGCACUUGGCGGACAGUGGGCACGCCAACGGCACGCCAGACCACAAGGAGGAGAUGAAGUACAAGUCUGUUGGUGGAUAUUUCAUCCUCGUGGCCAACAAGGAGAUCCUCGAAGAAGGCGGAGAGGCCCGAGCCAACAUCCUGGCCUUCCACAGCAGUUUGACAAAGAGGGUUUGCAGAAGCACGCUUGCAGCUGAAGCAAGCCACCUGGCCGAAGCAGUGGAGGCCGGGGACUGGAUCAUAGUCCUUUUGGAGGAGGCCCUUACAGGUGACCUGGACCUCAGCAGUUGGCCGGCGAUCGUGGAGAAGCGCCGACGUGCCUACAUCACCGACGCCCGCAGCGUUUAUGAUUACUUGGAGAAGGACGCUACCAGUACCUCUAAUGACAAGAGGAUGGCGAUUGAAGGGGCACUCUUGAGGGAAACGGUUAGAAGGCCAAACGCUUCCACCCAUUGGGUGGAUGGAGCCCAAAACAUCGCCAACGUCCUCACCAAGCACGGUGCUGAGAAGGACACGCUGCGGGAAUUCCUGAGAAGCGGCCUGAUGAGCUUCGAACAGAGCCCAGAGAAUGCAGCUCUGAAGGAAAAGAAGCGCCUGGAGCGACAGCAGCGCAAAGCCAACCGGGACGCCGAUGGCAAGAAAGAGGCCCAGACUCUUGCACGACAGUUGGAGGCAGUUCGCAAUGCCGAAGAGCUGCCGUACGAGGACGAGCCACAGCCAAAGAAAGAACAAGGAGUGUGA